AUGGACAGAAUAGAUCUUGUUACUGCAAUAGAUGAAAAUAUAGAGAAAGUCCUCGAGAAUUUUUCAGAGACUGUUCAGUAUCUCAAGGUGCGUGGUCUAGGGCGAUGUGAUGAAAUGCACAAUCUGUUGUUUGCCAACCGCAGAAUUGCAGAUCUUGUCGACUCUGUAUUUGAAAUUUAUCACUACCUCAUACGACUUAAGUAUUUACAAGCGGGCACAAAGCGACAGAAGCAGAUAACAGCAUCAAGUGCUGGAAGAAAGCGAUUCAGAAUGCUUUUCAAGAAGUUUGAUUUGAACCUUGGAUUGGAAUAA